UAUACAGUGCACAGCGUACAACAUAUCUAUUGAAUUUACAAAACGUCUCUCUUGGUCUGCCAUUUUUAAUCACUUUCCAAAUACUCUCCAAGCGGUCAAAGUGACACUUAAAUCAAUUGUAAACCCAAACAAUAAAAUCCUCUAAUUUCAGUUCAGAUUUCUACGGAAAACCCAAACAAAGAAAAUCUUGCAAAAAAUAAUGGCGUCAAUUAUGAGAAUUGUUUUCGGGCUUCUUACACUUGUCACUUGUGGAAUGAUUCUCGGAGCUUUGAUUCAAUUAGCGUUUAUUCAUAGGAUGGAGGACUCACUUGAUAGAGAAUCGUCUUUUGGUGGAAGGCAUGCAAGUCUAGCUGGUAGCAACUUUCCGUUAGCUAAAGGCAUCUCUGAUUGGGGUUAUGACAAAGAAGCCAUAGCACUACGUGUAGGAUAUGUGAAGCCUGAAAUAAUUAGCUGGAAACCGAGAAUUGUAUUAUUUCACAACUUCUUAAGUGCCGAGGAAUGUGAUUAUCUUAGAUCGAUUGCCACGCCCCGCCUUCAUGUUUCCACUGUUGUAGAUGCAAAAACUGGGAAGGGAAUUAAGAGUGAUGUCAGAACAAGUUCUGGCAUGUUUUUGAGCCCUAAUGAGAGGCAGUAUCCCAUGAUACAGGCAAUCGAAAAACGAAUUGCUGUAUAUUCUCAAAUACCAGCAGAAAAUGGGGAACUCAUUCAAGUGUUAAGGUAUGAAAAGAAUCAGUUCUAUAGAGCCCAUCAUGACUAUUUCUCUGAUUCUUUUAAUGUGAAGCGUGGAGGUCAACGAAUAGCUACAAUGCUCAUGUAUUUGAGCGACAACGUUGAGGGGGGAGAAACAUACUUUCCUAUGGCUGGCACUGGUGAAUGUAGCUGUGGUGGCAAAAUGAUCAAAGGGUUAUGUGUAAAACCUAAUAAAGGAGAUGCUGUUCUUUUUUGGAGUAUGGGGCUUGAUGGACAAUCUGACCCUGAUAGUCUACAUGGAGGAUGUGAAGUACUCUCAGGAGAGAAAUGGUCAGCUACUAAAUGGAUGAGGCAAAGAAGUGUAUCCUAAGCUGAUAUAUCUUAAACAUUUUUGUCCUCUAGUGUAUCUUGAUAGGAAAGAAAAAGAAAGGGGAGUUACAUGAGUUCUGUAAAAUUAGCAACACAUGAAUUGGGAAAAUGUAGUGAUACAUAGUUUUACUCAUUGAACUAAACUUUAGCCAUCCUAGUAAAUGACAAACUCUUCUUUUGGCAACCAGCAAAGAGAAGGGAAAGUUGAAAAAACUGCA